AUGCUGUCUUGCUCAACGACAUCAAUCGAAAGAUACCAGGAAACUCCGCUACGACCUCCGUCCUCGGUCAGUGACUUUUCCCCCCCUUUUUUUUCGGCUUCAUUUUUGCUUUCAUUUGUUUUCAUUUCUUAUCAAGUUUCCUUUCUUCUUCUUUUUUCGUUUGUUUUCAUUCUUUUGCUUUUUUUUUUACACUUCUUGGUUGACUUUCAACUGUUUAAAACGUUAAUUUUCUUUCUUUUCUCCUUCAUUCAUUUCUUACCGUUUCUUCUUCACUUCGACGUUUGCCACUUCGCUCUCAAUUUCUUUCUUUUUUCCUUUUCUUUCCUCUCUCUCCUAUUAAAGUGUCAGUCUUUCCUGAAAUUCUCUUUUCUAUAUUCUUCUCUGUUUUUAUGUCGCUGUCUUCGAAUCAUAAGAAACUUUUCUUCCUUCUUUAAUAUUCGAUUUUCCUUCUUUCUUCGUUGCUUUAUUGUUCUUAUAAUUCUUUACUUUUUCAUUCUUUUCUUCAUUAUUAUUCAUAAUUUUAUUGGCUUGUUUUAUUUAACAUCCAGCCUUUUUCUGUCUCUCUCUUAUUUUCUUCGACAAUCUCUUUUUAUCCCAGAAGGCCUAAACUAUAAUCAAACCUUUCUCUCAAUUCACCUUUGCCCUUCUCUCAAUUCACCUUUGCCCUUCUCUCAAUUCACCUUUGCCCUUCUCUCAAUUCACCUUUGCCCUUCUCUCAAUUCACCUUUGCCCUUCUCAAUAUUCGCUUCAAGCAUUCUUUUUCCUUCGACUUUUCUUUGGCUUUUGCAGUCUCCCACCCAAUUUCACUCUUCCUCUAACUCCCCCUUUCCCUCUUCCUCUACCCCCCUUUCAAACUCUCUCUCCAUCCUUUCACUCUCCCUCUCUCUUUCCCUUUCACUCUCCAUUUCACACUUCCUCUCUCUCUCUCUUCAUUUCACACUUCCCCUCUCUCUCCAUUUCACACUUCCUCUCUGUCUUUCACACUUCCUCUCUCUCUCCCUUUCACUCUUCCUCCCUCUCACUCCUCCUCCAUCUUUCCAUUUCACGCUUUCUCUCUCUCAUCUUCACUCUUCGUCUCUCUCUCUUUCACUUACUUUCUUUUUACAUCUUUGUGUCUCUUUCUUUCUAUAUCGUGUUUUUUUUUGUAAAAUAUUUUCCCAUGUACUUCGAGUUGUCAUUUGCAACAUUAAUUCAUGA